AUGAGUGACGGACGUGGUCGGGACCCUCUACCCUAUCGGCACCGGGACGCGGAGGAUGGCGCAGAGCCUCAUCCCAUUCCCAAGUCCCCUGAUGCCAAAUCCCAUUCUGUUUCCCACAAGCCGCCUUCACCCAUAGUGUCAGGUUCCAGUUCUCCGGUGGGAUCCUCGGCUACCAACCGAGCACUGCACUCGGCCAGCGCCUCGUCCUCACACAGGAGAGGCGAUUCAAACGGGGUCGUGCCCGAUGACUUGGUCUCGGAUGAUGUGAGUGGGCAAGCCAAUGAGCGUGUCCCGUCAAGCGCAUCGAAGACCCGUCGCCGAACAUGGCAAGAGCAAAAGAGGCGGCCUGGCACCCCCUCAACUCGACCAUCGAAUCGAGCGGCCCCGAUGGGGAAAGCUAGCCCAACUCACAGCAACUCUCGCCUUCCUCGACCCUCAGCUCUUGCGGAUGACGACCGGGCAAAUGGUACGAAUGGUUGCCCAUCACCGCGCCAUUCCCAAUCUCCCCUCUCCAGCCCCACCUCGGAUGACGGCCCACUCCCUCUAGAACCCAGCGUCAGCGAUAUGGCCUCCUUGUCCAGAUUAUCUGCCACGUCCGCAGAGGGUUUGAGCUACGGCCAGGAGUGCGCAAGAAACUGUACCGUUCUUCUAAGCUCCACCACCGGCAGGCUCAUUGGGACAGAAGGAGGUAUAGAAUCACACGGAACCUUAGUGCGACAUAUGGAAGCUUAUCCUAUUGUAACAGAAGAGCAAUUGAUCAACGAUGUCCGAGCGAUCUAUGGCGGCAUAGUAAUGGUGGAGCAGAGGCUCUCGGAGCAAGACGGCUUGAUGGCGGCCGAGCCUAUACCGGCCCCUUAUGACAAGUACCAGGCCACCGCCUACGCCCAUCACAUCAUCAUUCGGGAGCACUCGGAUUUCUUUUUGGCCUCCCGACAUCCAAUCGCGAGCCCUCCCAUACAAUCCCUGGCGGAGAACUACUUAAUGCCGGCGCGAAUGUGGCACUACGGGAUCCAUGCACUCCUGGAACUAUUCCGCAACCGGCUUCCUGACUCUUUGGAGCACAUGGUGACCUUCAUCCACUUUGCAUAUUCCAUGUUGACUCUCAUGAUUGAAACAGCGGCAACAUUCGAAGACACCUGGUUCGAGUGUCUGGGGGAUCUCUCGCGAUACCGCAUGGCCAUUGAACAAAGCGACCUUCGCGAAUGUGAUCUGUGGUCGGGCAUUUCGAGAUACUGGUACACCAAAGCUGCGGACAGAAACCCAAAUGUCGGCCGAAUCCAACAUCAUCUGGCGAUCUUGGCUCGGCCGGAUGUCAUCCAGCAACUCUUCUAUUACACGAAAUCCGUCAUCAGUAUUCACCCGUUUGCGGGCACCCGGGAAAGUAUCUUCCUUCUGUUUAACCCAUUCCUGAACGGGCCCAGACCCAUCCACCGUCUCCCGCUGGUCAGCGCGUUUGUGGCUGCGCACGGCUGUCUUUACACCGGCGAUUCUGGAGAUCGUUUCGUUGAGGCGGUCGACACCUUCUCGACGCUCCUGAGUCAGUCGAUCGGCCGGAUAGGCCCAGCCUUCAGGAUGCAGGGCUUCUACAUCUGUGCUUCCAACGCUGCAGCGAUGCUCGAAUAUGGCAAUGCAAACGCCCACCUGCCCCCGGAGUUUGACGAGUCGAAUGCAUCGCCAUCUGAAUCUCUUGAAGAGGUUUAUGCCUCGGCUGCCAGGAACUGGACUCCCACCGACGACCUUCAGGCGGUGCGGGCCGCGUUUCUAGCGUUCCGAGACUCCAAGAGCCCGUCACCUCAGCUUUUCUACGGGUCUCUGCUGAGUUAUCACUGCCUGUCGAUGUUCCUCGAGCAGACUGGUGAUAGAAACAUCUAUGCCGCAUGCCAUGUCGCUUUGGCUUUCCUGUGGUGCCUAUCGCUUACCCCACGCGGCAUGAACCGUGUGGAGGCCACCGUGCCUUGGAGGAAACUUACCAUCUUCCUCAACUCCUUAUUCCGCAGCUACAUCAAACCCGAUAUCGCCGAGAAUGACAAAUUUCCCAUCUCCGAAGAAACCACCUGGGUAGCCGAGGACUUCCUUAUCCGUGGCCUAGCCUGGAGCCGACGGCUCUAUCCUGCGUCGUUCUUCGACGAUUCACCCUCUGCCGACGAAGGACGAGAGAUCGAGCCGCCGUCUCGAGAUGUUGCCAGGAUGUACAGGUGCAUAUGGCUGGGGAUCCGGCUUGCCAAGUUUCAACGUUGGAUGACGUAUGAUUUUGAGGCGCGGGAAUUUUCUGCAACCCCAUUUGCCUUGGAAUUGGAGAAGAUUGCCGAGGAAUACAGCCCGUUUGCGAAACCCGAUGACAUGAGGCCGGUUCAGCCGAACGUGAACGCGCACGAAACCUGA